AACACAUCAGCUCCUGAGAACAUUCCACUUCAACAUCACAGAUUAGUAAUAUUAUUCAGGUUUCUUCCAGAUGGCGGUCUCUAUGAAGCGCUGGGUUACAGGGACAGCACUCUGCAUCACCGCGUUAUUGAUGUCAGCCUCUGCUGAAAGUGCAGAUAUAAAAAAACCUGAGACGCUUGUUGUGGAUUCACUGAGUUAUUACUUCAGCAUUGAGAUCAUGAACCGCGUCUACAACGAUUCUCUCCAGGACUCCAAUUCUCCAGACUAUAAGAGGAUGUUCAAUGAAGUUAGCGGCGCAGUCCUCCUUGCCUAUGGCUGCCCCACCUGUCCUAAUAAUGCCGCUUAUCAGGGUGUGACAGACAUGAAUUUCAGAAAGGGAUCAGUGAUUGCAGACUUCAUCGUUCUCUUCAAAGGCAGCUUUACCAAUCCUGUAUUACUGAAAUUCGUUUUUCUGAGUGCCCUUUCAAGCAAUAAUGAAAUAAAUGGGCUUAUAAUCAAACCUACAUCUGUACAGGACUCAUAUGUAACAACCACAACUUCCACACCAACCACCAGCACAACAGCCACUACAACAACAACCACCACCACACCAACAACUACCACCACCACACCAACAACCACCGCAACCACCACCACACCAACAACAACUACCACCACCACACCAACAACCACCGCAACCACCACCACACCAACAACUACCACCACAACCACCACCACACCAACAACUACCACAACCACCACCACACCAACAACCACCCCCACAACAAUCACCACACCAACAACUACCACAACCACCACCACACCAACAACUACCACAACCACCCCCACAACAAUCACCACACCAACAACCACCACCAGAACCACCACGACACCAAAAACAAGAACACCAAAAACACCCACCACAAUGCCUGAUAACACUUCAAAAUCUAGUGAACAAAGCUCCAGCCUUCCAAUUUUCCUCCCAACACAUGCUUCAGAGGGCCUUACGUCCAGCAGAUCCAUCACCACCAGCAAUAAGUCCUCUACCAUCACCAUAAGCAGCCAUUCAAUAGGCAGUUCUUCAAUCCACACCAGAGGGACCAACUCUUCCUCCACCAGUGACAAAGAUAGCAAAACCAGCAACCCACCACCUUAUCCCAGCGAAGGGGUCCCUGGCUGGGCAAUUGCUUUACUUGUGCUGGCUGCCAUUGCCAUCCUGCUCCUCAUCAUCAUAAUCAUCAUCCUGCUGGUAAGAUGGUGCUGUGUGGAUAGUGAGGACGACGUUCGGUCUCUACCACCACAGGAACACACUCCCUACAUGAGAACCACCUUCAGAGAGCCGCUGUCUGUUCCAGCUUAUAGCCCUCACACACCACAAAAGAAUGUCUAUCCUUUUGAUGAUUUGCCUCAAAGCCCCAAACCUAAACCACCCCGAACAGGAACCUACGUGGUCAACCCAGAGAGAUGAUGAAAUUUUAGAGACAUGAGACUUCUUGUGAAUAUUCGUGGACUGAAAAACGGUGUGGAUGCCACCUGCUCAUGACGUCUGCUUCACAACAGAACUAAUGUGUGUAUCGCAAUCUCAGGAAUAUGUCUUCUAAGUAUUAUUGCCAAAAUAUGAAAAGUGGUAUUUUACUAAUUGUGUAUGUAAAGUGCUUUUAAUCUUAUCCGUGGAAAAAAUCCACCAGUCAUGAUUUAUAGUCAUAAGAUUCCAAAACUAGCAAAAAAUGGCAGGAUUCAGAUUUUUUAAAGAGAUUACUAUGCAUGUAACUUAUUUUAUCUGACUUAUAAAUAAUAACUGUAAAAUAUAUAAUUGUAAAAAAAUAUAUUGUAAAAAUAUAAACAUAUAUUUUAUAUUGUUUCAACAUUUUAAUG